GUAAGCCCCGGCGUAUAUUCACCCAUAUCUACCCAUUCCUACUGUCCCCACGCCCCGGAGCACAGUGUGGGCGUGUGCUAAGAUCCCGCCCGUGCUUUUGGCUUGCUGUGGUGUGGCGGAGUUAAGUGGUGUGGAUGAAAAACGCGUGUGAAGUGUGGUGGAGAGUGGCUGGCUUGGUUUGACGCUAUGGUGGUGGUGGUGGUGAUGGUGGUGUGACCCGCUGCUACACUCCCUGCAGGCUGGAAUAUACUCCUGCUGGCUACCUCCUACACCCUGCUACACCCUGCCACACUCAUUUCAAGGAUACCGUGCCCUUCCCAAUGUGUUAAAUAAGGGAUUAUCCUCAUUUUUUGGCAUGGUGUGUGGGUGGUGGUGCCAAGUAGGCAGAGUCCCAGCAGCAGGACGGGCGGCAGGGCAGCAGCAGGUGGCAGCAGGUGGAGCAGCGGCAGCAGGAGGGGGUGGUGGAGGGGAGGGGGAGGAGGAGGGGAGGUAGAUGAAGGUGUGGGGGGACGAUCUCACCACACCGCACUCGCAACACACGACGACCGCAGGCGCAGCAGCGGCGGCGGCGGCGGCAUCCUUGAGGGUCCGUAGUCCACCAUGGGGUCUGAACAGCACUACUCCCUGCGGUGGAACGACUACACGGUCAAGAUAGUGACAGCCUUCCAGUCGCUGCGGGACGAGGAGGACUUUGUGGACGUGACAGUGGCCUGCGACGGACACUCCUACUCCGCACAUAAGAUGGUGCUCUCCGCGUGCUCCCCUUACUUCCGCUCUCUCUUGAGGGCCAACCCAUGCCAGCACCCUAUAGUGAUACUGAAGGAUGUGGGCCAUGUGGAGCUGGAGAGACUGCUAGAGUUUAUGUACAACGGGGAGGUGAGCAUCGCGCAAGACCAACUCGCUGCGUUCCUUAAAACCGCAGAGAACUUGAAGAUUCGAGGCCUGGCCGGUUCCUCAGACGAAAUGGAUCAGGCUGGGGUGAGUGACUAUGUGCACCGGCCAGAUGUAUCAUACAGUUACAGCAGUAGCUCAGUGCUAGGGGGCGGCGUCACCUCGGACAGGAGCAGCCCCUCGGCUGGCUACGCCCCCAGCCAGAGCUCUAAGGACGAUGAAAUGGUGGGGGAAGGCUACCACCGCGGCGACUCCCCUCCUGCUAAGAGACGGAAGCGGUCCUCUGCGCCUGCUGCUUCUUCUGCUGCUGGUCACGCUGACUCCACGCCUGCUAGUCACACCACAGAAGGUGUGGCCGGUGACUCUUCUGUGGAGGUAGACUCUGGAGGUACAAUGGGUGGUGGUGGCCUGUCGGGGGAUGACGAUGGCCGGCUCGACCGAAGAGAGAUGAAAAGUGAACCAGGUGAUGCCAUGGCUGAUGUGUACAGUGAAUCUUCUGAGAUGAGUACUGACCCCCAAUCACACUCUGCCAUCCCUGGUACCUCGGGAGCAGCGGGCAGCCGGGAGGGGAGAAGCAGCCACGACCAUGAUGUGUCCGCCUUGAUGGCUAUCGCUAACGCCGUGCAGGCCGGGGCGCCGUCGGACCGGCCCAUGAAGUGCCCACUGUGCCUGGGCAUCAUCAAGCAGGCACGUAACCUCCGGCGGCACGUGUUCAAGCGACAUCUGCCGGCGGCCAGGCGCGGUGAGAUCACGGAGGCGGACGUGAAGAACGUGCUGGAGAGCAAACUGAAGGCCAUCACCGUCACGCCGCUCACGGAGGACGAGCUGCGGCAGGUGCAGCAGCGCGGCAGGCGCAAAGCCAAGUCCUCGAAGAAGAAGAAAGGCAUCGCGGCGCUGCCUGACGGCGUCAACGGCGCCAACAUCAACGAGUCCGAGGUCACCAUUCGCAAGCUGCCGCAGAAAAAGGACGGCAAGAAGGACAAGGGAGGGAGCGGCAGCGGCGGCGGCGGCGGGACGGCGUCGCCGGUCUCCACGGUGGGCGGGGACGGCGCCCGCGAGGGUCGCGAGGACAUCCUGCAGGAGGCGCUGGCGGCGCGGGACAAGAACGUGGGGCAGGACGAGGUGAUGGACCUCGCCACCAAUCCGCAGCAGCUGCCGCCCAUCUCUGUGGUGGUGUCCCACGCCGGCCACUCCGCCACGCAGGCCGCCGCGCAGACCAUGAGUCUGGCGUCCGGCAUACACCCGCGGAUCCCGGCGGAGGCGGCGCUGGGGGCGGCGGGCGUACGCCUACAAACUGACUCGCCGCUGUCUCUGCACCGAGACUUGCCGGCCAUGCCCGCCAUGGCCUUCGAGCCCCAAGUGACCAUCAGCGAGGGCAUGGUGACCUACCACACCACCUCGCCCUCACAGGUCCUCACGCAGACCACCUCGCCCUCACCCUCCGCCUCGGGCUACGCGCCGGCCUCCUACUGGUCCCCGUCCGGCAUGGGCCUGUCCGCCAGCACCUUCCAGCCCCACCAGAGCGUGUUCGCGCCCGCGCACUCCGAGUACUUCACCGCGGGCGUGGGCGUGCACAUGGCGCGCCCCUCCUCGCUGGAGCGGAUGCAGCAGCACCGUCGGAAGCCCUACCAGUAGUAGGGGGGAGCGGCGCCCCCUAGUGUAGAGUACAACCAUUUUUUAUAGAGCAAGGACGGCAGUGUGUGUGUCCAGUUAUCCUAGUUGGUAUUGAUGGUACAACUGUAUUAUAUGACUGGCAUUAGUGUUUCUAUCUGUGCUUCUUUCUCGUCUCCUGGAAGCAAGGCAAGGACGCCCCCAGCGUGCCCGGCGGGCCCACCACUGUGUGUAUGUGUGUGUGUGUGUGUGUGUGUGAGAGAGAGAGAGAGAGAGAGAGAGAGAGAGAGAGAGAAAGAGAGACUAACCGUGUAUAUGUAUAAUGUCGAAAUACAAAAAAAUACUGUCUAUAUAAUGAGAGAGAGAGAGAGAGAGAGAGAGAGAGGGAGCAGUGGCGGCCUCUCGCAGCAGGAGGCAGUAACAACCAGAUGGCAGCAGCAGCAGCAGCAGCAGCAGAAGGGACACGUGGCGGCCGCGGAAUGAGGAAGGAGCAGGUUGUGGUGGUGUGGUGACUGGUCAGUGGUGGUGGCUGCGGCUGUGCUGGUGGCAGGCGGCAGUUCUCUCUCCACUCUCGCCUCUCGCUCUGCCUCUCACCGCUGUGUUCCAUUCUUCACACUCGUUUCCCAGGUACUUUAGGGAGCUAGGCUAAUGUCUAACAAAGUAUGCAAAUAUAUCAGUGACUAUGUGAA